CUCUUCUCAUCACCUUCCAUUUGCAUAAGCUCCUCUGCACCUCUCCUUUUAACACCUCCCCUCACAAAUAUCAUAUUCUCUCUCUCUCUCUCCCUCGCUCUUUUUUUCUCCAUCUGUGAGGAAAAAAAAAGAUGAUGUUGCCACUUUCCAACUUACUGAAACAAAACGUGAAUAAGCUCCUUAGAUUUUUCAUGAUCUUAUUCUUAUGCUCUAUGCCUGAGAAAUCUGACCAUUGUUCUAACAACUCUUUCAAAAGAGUGAACUCUAGUAGUUUGUCUUAUAAGAGUUCCUCUAACACCCCUGCACUAGAAGGACUCAAUCUAGAAGGUCAUUUAUGCUUUGAUAAUAUUGAACAUGCAUCUAAGGACUUUGGUAACAUAUACCAUUUCCUACCAUCAGCAGUUCUGUAUCCAAAAUCAGUUUCUGAUAUUUCCUCCACAAUAAAAUAUAUUUUCAAUAUGGGUUCCACCUCAGAUAUUACAGUGGCUGCCAGAGGCCAUGGCCACUCACUUCAAGGUCAAGCACAGGCUCAUCAAGGUAUAGUAAUCAACAUGGAAUCACUUCAGGGUCCAGAGAUGCGGACUCACACGGGUGAGCCACCUUAUGUCGAUGUUUCUGGUGGAGAAUUAUGGAUAAAUGUUCUGCAUGAAACUCUUAAAUAUGGGCUUGCACCAAAAUCUUGGACAGAUUACCUUCACCUCACCAUUGGAGGCACCUUAUCAAAUGCUGGAAUUAGCGGACAGGCAUUCCUACAUGGACCCCAGAUCGACAAUGUUUACCAGUUGGAGGUUGUCACAGGAAAAGGAGAAAUAAUUACCUGUUCAGAGCAGCAGAAUGCAGACCUCUUUUAUGGUGUUCUUGGAGGACUAGGACAGUUUGGCAUAAUUACCCGGGCUAGAAUUUCUCUCGAAAGAGCACCUAAGAUGGUGAAAUGGAUUAGAGUCCUGUACUCUGAGUUUUCCGAAUUUUCCAAUGACCAAGAGCAUUUAAUAUCAACUGAGAAUUCUUUUGACUAUAUAGAAGGAUUUGUAAUAAUAAACAGAACCGGUCUACUCAACAACUGGAGAUCCUCCUUCAAUCCCAAAGACCCUCUUCAAGCCAGCCAAUUCGUUUCAGAUGGAAAAAUUCUUUACUGUCUAGAAAUUGCUAUAUAUUUCAAUCCGGAUGAAUCUGAUGUUAUGAACCAGAAAACUGCAGACUUACUGUCAGAACUAAAGUUUAUUCCAUCAACACUUUUCAUGUCAGAAGUUCCUUAUGUGGAAUUCCUGGACAGAGUACAUGUGUCUGAGAUAAAGCUCCGUGCGAAAGGUUUAUGGGAAGUUCCACACCCAUGGCUGAAUCUUCUAAUACCCAAAAGCAAAAUAUUUGAGUUUGCUCAAGAGGUCUUUGGAAACAUCCUUACAGAAAGUAGCAAUGGUCCCAUCCUCAUCUAUCCAGUCAAAAAGUCCAAGUGGAAUAAUCGAACAUCUCUUAUCACCCCAGGAGAAGAUAUUUUCUAUUUAGUUGCAUUUUUAUCCUCCGCAGUACCAUCUUCCAAAGGCAAAGAAGGCUUGCAACACAUUUUAGCUCAACAGCAAAGAAUUCUAGAUUCCUGCUCCAAGGCUGAUCUUGGAGUUAAACAAUAUUUGCCUCAUUAUAGCACCCAGCAAGAAUGGCAAGCUCACUUUGGCUCUCAGUGGGAAGUUUUUGUACAGAGGAAAUCAACUUAUGACCCUUUAGCAAUCCUAGCUCCUGGUCAAAGAAUUUUUAGAAGGCAAAAACCUUCAUAUGGUGCCAGCUAAGCAAGCCACAAAUACGAAAAUGUGCUCCAGCCAAAUGGGGCCAUUAUACCUAAAACUGUAAAUUAUUGAGCCUUCAUACAUCGUUGAGUUUCCACAAGCAGCAUUAGAAAGAAAAGUAGUAGACCAUUUGACAAUGUUGUUAAUUAAGUUGAAAAUUAGAAGUAUGCAAAUGUUUUUUUUUUAAAAAAAGACAUCAAGGCAUUAACUUCAGAUUCAUGAUUUAAAGCAUAUCAUACAGAGAGCUAUCUGCAUCUAA